CAAAUAUUACAAAUCAUACGGAAGUAAUUCUCGCAUUUGUUUCACAUAUUUAUUUCUUUUCAACUCAUUUCAUACAAUUAUCUGAAAUAAAAAUCGAUUUCGCAGUCGAUUUGAUCUCUGAUAUCAAUUAAUAAGUUUGUGAACAACUGUUUAGCGACGACCCCGAGCAAAAUGUCGAGUCCUCCCUGGAAAGAGGCCUCUUCGCUGAUAAUCGUAUCGCGCGCUGCGGUCACCGACAAAGUCGGUCGCAAUUCACCGAAAACGGGACAACAGAUAACCGGCGGACGGAACUCUUCGACGGCCUGUGACUACCGGAUAAUGAUGGUUAAGAGGAGUGGUCUGAGCUCUUUCAUGGCCUCUGCCUUCGUCUUUCCCGGCGGUAAAGUAGAAGUCGCCGACUAUUCGCCCAAAUGGUGGAAACUCUUCGAGACGUUAGGUCUCACGCGAAGUGAUUUGGAGGUGUUCUCGACGUGUGUUGUGGGCCCCCGACCGCCGAUGAUUACGGAACCGCUCACUAUCUCUGAAGCUAAACGCGACGCAUCGGAAGACGUGGAUUAUCUUCACGCAGAUGUUGGACUCAGAAUCGCUGCCAUAAGAGAGACAUUUGAAGAGACAGGUGUCCUCCUAUUAACUCAGCCCCCAUUAUCUCAUGAGUCAACUAUGGGUUCACUGUCACGGCGAUCGACACCAUUGGUUCCCAUUUCAGACUUGGAUGACAUGAGUAUAGACUUAGUUGAGUGGAGAGAAAAAGUCCGAACAAAUCCAAACGCAUUCCUCGAGUUAUGUCUGGAGACGGGCCUCUGUCCUGACUUAUGGUCAUUGUAUGAGUGGUCGGAUUGGUUGACACCCAUAAGUGUUGGUCACAAGAGAUUUGAUGCAUUGUUUUAUAUCUGUUGUCUGGAGACCGAACCGAAAGUAGUUCUCGACAACUCUGAAGUGACAACCCUUUCGUGGUGCACACCUAUAGAGAUGCUGGAAGAGCACAGUCAGGAAAGGGUGUUCUUAGCGCCGCCACAGGUCUACGAACUCUCGCGGAUUCAUAAUUUGCCAAAUUUUAAAGCCGUUCAGGAAUUCGCUCUCAAAAGACAAUCAAUGGGUAUCGAGCGCUGGCUUCCAGUCAUCUCCACCUACAACGACGGCGCCAUAUCUCUGUUACCCGGUGACGACAGCUACCCCUCAGUGCCUGACAUCAUUGGGAAGAAACCGAUUCCAGACUUUCCUCAAUCAUUAGAAGAGAUGAGAGCCAAAGCCGUUCACAUGAAUCGUCUGGAGCUGCGGGGACCGACAUGUCAGGCCUAUUGCAAUAUUAAGCUCGAUUGCGGUCAUCUGUCGCCCUUUACCUACCCUCCCAUCACCACAACCGUCCAGUCGAUGCUCUAA